AGCGGCAGUUCGUCAUCACAUCCUCAUGGGAUUUAGCAUGGGUAAAUCAUGAUGAGGGAACAAAAGGAGGCAGCUGCACUAACGGUUCCCCGCCGCUCCAUUUACGAUUCGCUACCAACUCCGCAAAUAUCUCAGACUUACUUUCUCACGGCAAACACCGCCCUAAACCCCUUCCAUCACUUCAGGCUCGUAUCUGCGACCACAGGGUAGCUAUCUAUUAUGCUUGGAGCUGUCCGACGUCUGCGAAAGGGAAAACUCCGCUAACCAUCUUCUGACGCGGCGGGGAUCUUUCCCAAGUAGACGUUACACAUAUACGACUUCCCUCAAGAUCUUUGAUACCAUCUCCACAUCUGCAACAUGAACCCCGAAUACGAUUACCUCUUCAAGCUUCUCCUCAUCGGUGAUUCUGGCGUCGGAAAGUCUUGCUUGUUGCUGCGUUUUGCGGACGACACCUACACUGAGAGCUACAUCAGCACCAUCGGAGUAGAUUUUAAAAUUCGCACUAUCGAGCUGGAGGGCAAGACUGUGAAGCUCCAAAUCUGGGACACGGCUGGUCAGGAACGUUUCCGUACCAUCACCUCUAGUUACUACCGCGGAGCCCACGGUAUCAUUGUUGUGUACGACGUGACGGACCAGGACACGUUCAACAACGUGAAGCAAUGGCUUCAGGAGAUCGACCGGUACGCGUGCGAGGGCGUGAACAAGCUCUUGGUCGGAAACAAGAGCGAUCUUACAAACAAGAAAGUGGUGGAAUACGAAUCCGCGAAGGAAUUCUCGGACAACUUGCAAAUCCCAUUCCUGGAGACUAGUGCAAAGAACGCUACAAACGUAGAGCAAGCUUUCUUGACAAUGGCAAAGCAGAUCAAGGAUAGGAUGGGCAUGUCAGCCCCGGCCGCGGCGCCGAACAAGGGAAACAUCCAAGUCGGCGCCGGAUCAAAGGUACAAACGCAACAAGCCGGAGGAUGCUGCUGAAAGUAGAUCGCACCACCAUUUAGCGCAACUGGGACGACAUUCGCCGUCGGAAUUUGGGGCUCCCGAUUCAACAGUCGCCAAAUCUUCCACACGUUCGUAGGCCGCGUGACCCAGCCGUUCCGCAUCUUUUGUGGAGGCAUAAUGUUGGGGAAAAGCAUCCCCACCUAGACUUGUUGAACGCCUCCAACCAAAUGUCUACGGCUGUUUUCCGUAUUCUCGUCGUUGCGUGACGUUUAUGUACGUUUGUCACCUACAUUUCAUGUAUGCUUCAUAAUCAAAGUAGACGUCCUUCGGUGCUUAUUACGCUGGAUGGGGCAUGUUCGAUCAGUUCGGGCAACGAGGGAUUAUCUCGCCUCGACGGAGGGGUAUUCAAUGCAUCCCUCAUGAGUGCGAAGACAUCUUCCCUACACACGCCGACGAUACAUAAUCUUUAUGUCCAUCGCCUUCACAAAAG